AUGGCCUACAUUACCUUUUACUUCUUUAAAAUGGACCGGGACAUGACAAUCGAGCAUGUCCAGAAAGCCAUGGAUGCGCUCGACAACUUCCAGCAACAACUGCCCGUGCUGUAUAGCAGUGGCGGAGAUCUUGCGGCCGAUGAUUAUCAAUAUGCCACGACGCAUCUUCGAACUAUCGGGUGGCAACGAUUUGCGUAUUCGAUUGGUCCUGAAUUCAUGCGACUCUACGUCGCUAGGAUAGCACUCGGUCGCCUAGUUGGUGGUGAUAAGAGUGAAUUGGUGACACGACUCUGGAGGAGGGGGACCGAUGCCGCCACCAGGGUCAUUCGACGCGUUGCAGAUGAUAAGAUUCCUCUGUUGUUUCUCAAGUUCUGGCCGAUGACAGGCUCAGUGAUAUCUGCUGGCAUCUAUGUCGUGCUCAAUCUCUUGUGCUUUGGCACAGGAAGCUUUGAUGUUGUUGCGGCACAACACGAACUGGUUCAGCAAAGUAUAAAUCAUCUCCGCCGUGUCGAGAAUAUUUCUUGCCAAGCUCGCAAGGGUGCACACGUACUGGACUAUCUCUUGCAUGUCAGCAUGAGACAUCCUAGUACAACUGAUAUAACCAGCCUCUCGGAUCUGAUCAAACACUUGCAAAACGCAAGACGGCCUAUUCAUGAUAGUUACGAGGAGCACAAUCGCAGGAAUGAGGGUCAAGCUCAAAUUUCAGAGACUAGUUUUGAGUCAAUGUUAGCAGACCCGGACAUUGGAGAAGCAUCCUCGCAAGUACUGAAUCAAUUUUGGCCGGUUGGUGGUGGCUUCACUGAUUCGUACGCCAUGCCGUACAGUGAGUAUGGUGUCAGUGGCAUGGACGGAUUGCUACAAAGUCAUGCAUCACUGGAUGAAAUGCAGCCUCCAAUCUCCCGAGAUUUCCCAACUUCAUGA